GUCACCAACUGUCACUUACUGUAAGCAUGGUCAUAUAUAAGGCAUGCAUUUUCUAGGUUAGAAAACAUGUAUUGUUGAUGAAUAUACCUUGUAUUAGUAAACUGCAAUACCAAAAGUGUCCUCAAAUCAAGUGAAAUUAUUAAUAAUAAUUUCAACAUGGGUAAAUCAUUUAAUUGGAAGGCUAGGCAAGUGAAGAAGGUGGAAAUAGACAAUACUUCAACAAAUAAGAUUAAACUUGAUAUUGAAGGAGAUGCUGGCACUACUUAUGAUGGAACAAAUGCUUUGGUUUUGCCCUCAGAGAAAAGGAAAACCAAAGUUAAAAAGGAGAAGAAUGGACAAAUUACAAGAAUCCUAUCAAAAAGUCACAGAAAACGCCUGGAAAAGAUUGUCGAGAGAAGGAAGAAGAAGGACAAUCGUUCAACUUUAUUGGAAAAUUUAGCUAUGGUGCAAGCAUCUCCAGAGGAACUGGCAGCAUAUGAAUCUAUAGCUUCUACACAAACCAAAGGAUUGAAAAGGCAUUUCAAUGAGUUAGAGUUUCCACAAAAAGUAAUAAAAGUGGAUAAGGCAUUAGUUUCUGGAGAUGUGAAGAUAAACAGUUUGGCUGGAUCCAAGAGGUUGCGGGUUCAAUUAGCAACGGGAAAUGAGGUGGAUGAGAGUGAUCCAAACGUCGUUGGUUUCGAGGAAGAAUCAUCGGACUCUGAGAGCGAAGCGGAAGACGAAAAUAAUGGAACAGAGGAGAUGGAAACGUGCGAAGUACAAGAAGUUAAAGACAACGAGGAAGAAACUGUUAAAGAAGAGGAAGAAACUGUCAAAGAAGAGGAAGAAACAAUUGAGGAAGAUUCUCAGAACCAAAGUGGUUGUUAUGUGAGGAAUCCAAAUUUUAAAGAGGAAGAUGUUAAAAAAGUGGUUGAAAGUAAACCGGCUGUUUUCGUGGAAGUUUACAGGACUGAAGAGAUACAAAUGGCGAGAUUGAAAUUGCCAAUUUUAGCUGAGGAGCAGCAGAUCAUGGAGAUUAUUAAUGAAAAUUCCGUGAUUAUUUUGGCCGGUGAAACUGGAAGUGGUAAAACCACACAGGUUCCUCAGUUCCUUUAUGAAGCUGGGUACGCUCUAAAUCGAAUGAUUGCGAUAACGGAACCCAGGCGUGUUGCUGCCAUCUCCAUGUCAAAGCGCGUAGGUGAAGAGAUGAAUUUGUCUUCGGAUGAAGUCAGUUACCUGAUUCGUUUCGAAGGUAACGUCACCGAGAAGACGAAGCUCAAAUUCAUGACCGAUGGUGUUUUGCUGAAGGAGAUACAGUCCGAUUUCAUGUUAACCAAGUAUUCGGUGGUUAUCCUGGACGAAGCUCACGAGCGCAGCGUGUACACCGAUAUCUUGAUUGGUUUUCUGUCGCGAAUUGUUCCUCUCCGUAUGAAACGCAACGAUCCUCUAAAGUUGAUCAUAAUGUCUGCUACCUUGCGACUUGAAGAUUUCACCGAGAAUCGUCGCCUAUUCAAGAAUACACCACCAGUUAUCAAAGUAGAGGCUCGUCAAUAUCCAGUGACGAUUCACUUCAACAAACGCACACAGCCUAAUUAUUUGAGAGAAGUGUAUAGGAAGACUGUUAAAAUACACACGACGUUACCGGAGGGCGGUAUCUUAAUCUUCGUGACCGGUCAGCAAGAGGUGAAGACUCUUGUGCGUAAGCUGCAGAGAUCGUUUCCUUUGGGAAAGGCCAAGUACAGCAGUGUUCAGAGCGUUGAGAAAGAUUCGGACGAGGAGAAAGAUGAAGAACUGGGAGAUGUGCUGAGGAAGAAAAAGCGACAGAAGAAAUUGAAGCUGGUUGAAAAUGUAGAUAUGGACGAUUUCAGUAUACCCGGAGAUCACGAAGAUCCUGACGUGGAGGAGGAAGAUUUGGAAGAUGACGAUGAAAAUGAUGAGGUGGUUGUUAAGAAAGGACAACCGCUUUGGGUGUUACCUCUGUAUUCGCUGUUACCAUCUUACAAGCAAGCCAAUGUGUUUAAGAAACCCCCGGAGGGUUGCAGGCUGUGCGUGGUCAGCACUAACGUUGCUGAGACCAGUUUAACAAUUCCCGAUAUAAAGUACGUGGUGGAUACGGGUAAAACGAAAGUUAAAUUGUACGAUAAAGUAACUGGUGUAAGCAGUUACUUUGUGAAUUGGACUAGCAAAGCUUCGGCUGAUCAAAGAGCUGGACGAGCGGGAAGAACUGGCCCCGGCCACUGUUACAGGCUGUACUCCAGCGCCGUCUUCAACGACACGUUCGAAAAAUUCAGCGUUCCGGAAAUCAAGGAAAAACCCGUCGACGAUUUGUAUUUACAGCUGAAAUGCAUGGGAAUAGAUAAGGUUGUGAAUUUCCCGUUUCCAACGGUGCCGGAUCUGGUGCAGCUGAAGACUGCUGAAAGUCGCUUGGAGACGUUAGGAGCUCUGGAAAAUUCAAAGGUUACGCCUUUGGGAAGGGCAAUUUCAAAGUUUCCGGUUUUACCGCGAUUCGGGAAAAUGUUGGCUCUCAGUCAUCAGCAGAAUCUGUUGCCGUACACCAUCUGCAUGGUGGCAGCUUUGAGUAUGCAAGAGGUGUUAUUGGAAACUCCUAUCGGGCACGUGGAUCCUCAAGGAUUGAAGGAUGUGCGACAGAAGUGGAGGGCCAUCAGAAGGCAGUGGGCGGGUGUUGGAAAUUCUCUGAUGCUCGGAGAUCCUAUGGUGCUGUUGAAAGCAGUCGGCGCUGCAGAAUUCGCCAAUUCCGAAGGUAGAUUAGAGCGGUUUUGCGAUGACAACGGACUUCGACAUAAAGCCUUGGUGGAGAUAAGGAAGUUGAGGAUUCAAUUGACUAAUGAGAUCAAGAUGAAUCUCCCUGAAACAGAUGUCGGCGUCGAUCCUAAGCUGAAACCGCCCACCGACAUCCAAGCGAAACUCCUCAGACAAAUUCUUUUAUCAGGAAUGGGCGAUCAAGUAGCCAAGAAAGUAAUGAUGGAGGAACUUAAAGAGGACGAAGAUAAGGCCAAGUACAAGUACGCAUACAGAGCUAAUAACAUGGAGGAACCUGUAUUCUUGCAUCAAGGAUCAGUCUUAAAGGGAAGCCUUCCAGAAUUUGUUAUCUAUCAAGAAAUUUACGAGACGAACAAGAUGUACAUGCGCGGCGUUACCGUGAUCGAACCCGAAUGGUUGGCCAAGUACGUGCCGCAUCUCUGCAACCUCGGAGAGCCUUUAACCGACCCCGAACCAAGGUACGAUUCGAUUAGCGGAAAAGUGUUCUGCACGAAAACUGGAAGUUUCGGAACGCAGGCGUGGCCCUUACCGAACGUCGAAGUUGAAUUCGGGAAGUGCCAAGACGGCUACAAGUGGUUUGCGAAGUUCUUCCUCGAAGGUCAAGUCUGCGAGGCUCUGGUUAAGUAUAACAAAUGUCUCCUCAGCCAGGCCAGCACCAUCUUGAAGCCGUGGGCCAAACUCCAAGCCAGGACGGUGGGCAUCGUGCAAGCCCUCAUCUCGAUGAAUGUCUUAACUAAGCGACGACUCCUCGAAGUUUGGGAGGAAAAUCCUAAAUAUCUUUUGAACGAGUAUCUCCAGUGGUUGCCGGAAUCCGCACACAGCGAAGUCACAUUGCUCUGGCCGCCAAUUUCCACUAAAAAAUAAUACAAUCAAUUGUUUUAUUACAUAAAG